GACACCGGCUUACGACGUCAAAGGAGUACACGCACACACACAUACACACACGCGCGCGCACACCCGGAGAGGAGAGGACAACCAACCAGACAGCCAAUUCCCUGUCGAAUACUGAAGGAAGCCUAAACAUUCAUUUAACUCAGCACUCACCAUUUAGCGAAGCCAGUGAGAGGUUUGUUUAUUUUAUGUCACAUUUAUUUGGAGGGAAAAAAUCCCCCAAAACAAAACAAAACGGAGCAUCUGUCUGGAAAGAGCAGGGGGAAACAAGCAGACCCAGAAAAACACGCUCAUAAAGGACCGUCGCUGGACGUUACUUGUGUUUUUACAGGGGGGGAUACAGGCCUAACUUAUUAGAGGAUCCAGAGACGCUCUCACAGACAAAUGAACUGAAUAACUGAGGUGUAAUAUCUUUAAAAAAAAAACAGCGAGGGGGAGAAGAAAGGCAUCUACCGAUUACACCGAUUCUUUGCCACGAACAGCACCACAGACUUCUCAAUGAAGGAGCCUGAUGCAAUCAAGCUCUUCAUCGGGCAGAUACCCCGAAACCUGGAGGAGAAGGACCUGAAGCCCAUCUUCGAGCAGUUUGGCAAGAUCUAUGAGUUGACAGUGAUAAAGGAUAAAUACACAGGGAUGCACAAAGGAUGUGCUUUCCUGACAUAUUGUGCACGAGAAUCCGCCCUCAAAGCCCAGAAUGCACUGCAUGAGCAGAAGACGCUACCAGGGAUGAACCGCCCAAUCCAAGUGAAGCCGGCAGACAGCGAGAGCAGAGGAGAAGACAGGAAGUUGUUUGUGGGUAUGCUGGGGAAACAGCAGACAGACGCCGAUGUGAGAAAGAUGUUCGAGCCAUUUGGCAGCAUAGAGGAGUGCACGGUGCUCCGUGGGCCUGAUGGUACCAGCAAAGGGUGCGCAUUUGUAAAGUUCCAGAGCAACGCAGAGGCCCAGGCCGCCAUCAAUGCUCUGCAUGGGAGUCGUACUUUACCUGGUGCCUCGUCCAGCCUGGUGGUAAAGUUUGCUGAUUCAGAGAAGGAGCGAGGGCUCAGGCGGAUGCAGCAGGUGGCCUCUCAACUGGGAGUCAUCAGUCCCAUGACCCUGCACCUUGGGGCCUACAAUGCCUACACACAGGCUUUGAUGCAGCAGCAGGCCCUGGGGGCACAGUCGGCCUACCUCUCUCCUGUUGCCACGGUGGCGGCAGUUCAGAUGCAGCAGCUCGCCGCCCUUAACCCCAGCAGCAUCAUUGCCACACCUAUUGCAUCCAUCACCCCCUCCUCAGGUACCAGCAGCCCACCCUCUAUUGCAGCUACACCUGUUCCUGCUCUGCCUCCAACAAUCGCAGUGAACAGCUACCCCUCUGUGCCAGCUCCGCCCAGUGGCCAAUCAGCAACUGAAACCCUUUACACCAACGGGGUUCAUGCCUAUCAAGCUCAGAGUCCUGUCCUAGACCCCCUGCAGCAAGCUUAUACAGGGAUGCAGCACUAUACAGCCACCUACCCUGCUGCCUACAGUUUGGUGGGACAGCCAUUCCCGCAGCCGCAACAGCUGCAGCAACGAGAAGGUCCCGAGGGUUGUAACAUCUUCAUCUACCACCUGCCACAGGAGUUCACCGACUCUGAGAUUCUGCAGAUGUUCCUGCCCUUUGGAAACGUCAUCUCUGCCAAGGUCUUUGUUGACCGCGCCACCAACCAGAGCAAAUGCUUUGGUUUUGUGAGUUUCGACAACCCAUCCAGUGCCCAGACUGCCAUCCAGGCCAUGAAUGGCUUCCAGAUUGGCAUGAAGAGACUGAAAGUGCAGCUGAAGAGGCCCAAGGAUGCCAACAGGCCUUACUGAAGGGUGAAGGAGGAAAACCUAAGAGUUCAAUCAAGAAAACCACUUGGGAUGUCCCAGCCUUUUCUGGUUGUUUGACCAACUGUAUAGCACAGGAGCAACACUUCACAAAAAGCAGUAUCACGUGUAUGUGCUUACAAAAACAAACAAACAAACAAAAAACAAAAAACAAAAAAAAAAAACAGCA